AUGGGGGUGGGCUCGGGGCUCCCCGAGUCCGGGAUCGUGGCCGACAUCGAGUGGGACCCCCCCGGGGGGGGCACCCCCAGCGACCCCCCGGGCCCGGGGGAGCCCCCCGGGGGAGACCCCAACCCCGGGGACCCCCCCGGGACCCCCCCGGCAGGGGAUCCGGGAACAGGACCCAGCCCCCCCCCGGGGCUGCUGCACCACGAGAAGGAGAUCGAUGACGUCAUCGAUGAGAUCAUCAGCCUGGAGUCGAGCUAUGAGGACCUGCUGGGCCUGGAGGGGCCCCUCCCCCUCCCCAGCACGCUGCCGGCCCCGGGGCCGCUCCUGGAGGUUUUCAGCCCCGCGCAGGGCGGGAGCAGCUCCUGCCCGGCCGAGCUGCCCCGCGUCAAGUUUGGGGGGGUCCCUGGGCUGGGGGAGGGGCUUUGGGGGUUCCCCGGGGGUCUCACGUGUCCCCCCCCCGCAGUCGAGCGGCGCCGGCGCUUCAACAUCAACGACCGGAUCAAGGAGCUGGGGACCCUGAUCCCCAAAAACAGCGACCCGGAGAUGCGCUGGAACAAGGGCACGAUCCUGAAGGCGUCCGUGGAUUACAUCCGCAAGCUGCAGAAGGAGACGCAGCGAGCGCGGGAGCUGGAGCUGCAGCAGCAGCGCCUGGAGCAGCAGAACCGCAGCCUGGCCCUGCGCGUGCAGGAACUGGAGCUCCAGGCCCAAAUCCACGGGCUCCCCCUGACCCCCGCCAUGGCCGAGGGGGGCUGCGAGGAGCCCUCGGGGGGGGGUCCCCCCUUCCCCCCCGGGGGUCCCCCCACCCCCCAGUGCCUGCUGGAGCUGCCCCCGGGGCUGGCGCUGCCCCUGGCGCUGGGGGGGCCCGAGGGGACCCUCGAGGACAUCCUGAUGGACGAUGGGGGGGGGCUGUCCCCGCUCGGCCCCCCCGGCGCCCUCCUGGCCUCACCGGGCCCCUCGCGGGCCUCCAGCCCCCGCAGCAGCCUCAGCAUGGAGGACGAGCCCUGAGGCCGCCCCGGCAGGAGCCUGGCCCUGCGGGGGAUUUUUAGGGACCCCUCCCCGUUUCUCGGGACCCCCCGCCCUCCCGGAGCUGCUCCGGGUGGGCCCCACCGGGCGCCGUUUGAAGAGUCUUAAAGCGGGCGCGCGCUUUGCGAUGGAGGCCCCGCCCCUUUUAGGGGUGUUGCCCUUUUAAGGAUCCCCGUGUGGGGCCCCUCUCUUAAAGGGGCUCGGCCGGGCGUGGCUCGUAGGAAGGGGGGGUGAGCCCCCCUCGGUGUGUGGCCCCUUUAAGGCGCUGGCGUCGGGCCCCACCUGGGCGUGGCCCUUUGAAGAUUCCACAGGAAGCCCCGCCCCCCGCGAGGCCACGCCCAUUCCCCCUGCUCACCCAAUCAGGAGGCUCCCGAGGGCUGGGCCCUCAGGUGAAGCCCCGCCCUUCUCGCUGUCACUCACAUUUACCCCUCCCGCUAACAGACCACGCCCCUUUUUAGAGACCACGCCCACCGGCCCCACUUAAAGGGCCACGCCCGCGUUUCCAAGCCCCGCCCCCGAUUUUGUACUGGACCCGCGCGUGGGAAUAAAAACGUUUGGUAACGACG